AUGUCGGACGACACGAUCAAAUGCAUAAUGCAUACAUUUGAAGUCAAUGCCGAAGCACUGAGAACAAAUGUCAAAGUUCGACGUGCCGGUUCGAUUGUCAAAGAAUUCAGUUUAAAUACAUCAACUCAUGGUAUACCCGGUAUCGCUCGUAGUGAAAGUAAAUUAAAUCGCAUCUUCUGGUCUACUUCAUUGCUCAUCUUUACUGGUAUUAUGUCGUAUUUUAUUGUUCAAUCUAUUCGUGCGUACUUUGAAUAUCCAACUCAAACAUCGGUUGCUAUUGUCGGAGAAUGGCCUCAAGCUUUUCCUGCAGUAACUGUUUGCAAUCAUUCUCCAUUACGAUAUGAUCGUUUUAUCGAACCAUUUCUGAAUUAUACCAAUACAUUUGGAUUAACGAAUACAUCAGAUAAAAAUUACUUCACCAAAGUUCAAGCUUCAUAUAUUCAAGAUUAUCUCAUUUAUAAGCUCAAUAGGAACGAAUCCUUAUAUGAGUAUUUCUAUUCACUUGAGUCCAUGAUGAUCUCCUGUUCUUACAAUGGAGAGAAAUGUUCAGCUGCUGAUUUCACUUGGUUCAUGUCACCGAGAUUUGGUUUAUGCUACACAUUUAAUGCUAAACCAAAAAGUACAAUCAACAAAACCUUGCGAUACAAUGCAGACAAUGGAGCAAAUGGUCUAUUUGAAUUAGAUCUAUACGUCCAUCAACAUCAGUAUGUACCAUAUAUAUCGAGUGGUAUUGGUGCAGCCGUGUUAGUUCAUGAUAAUGAAGAAUUGCCAAUUAUUGAGAUGACAGCCAUGCAACUGGCUCCUGGUCGACAUCAUAAAUUAGGCUAUUCGAAGAAAACGAGCAUUUUCCUUCCAGCUCCUUAUACAACAUGUAAUAAUAUUGUUACUCAAGGAAUGGCAGCCAUGUAUAACGAAUAUCAUGAUACUGAUUACGGAUAUUUUGAACUACCAUGCUAUUUUGCUUGCAUACAAUCUUAUGUUUAUGAGAAAUGUGGAUGUGGAAAUCCUACUCGCUGGGCAGCACGUUAUAUUGUACCACCAGGCUCCAAUGAAUCGAUUCAUAUUCCACUUUGUAAUGUGAGUAAUCCAUGCUAUUCUGAAGCAACUGCUGAAAUUAUGAAUACAAUGAGUAUUUGGACUUCCUACUGUCCUCUUUGCAGUCAAGAAUGUAAACAUGUUGAUUUUAUUAUACGACCAACGUCACUUCUGGCACCAUCCACUCACGUGAUCGAUGAUAUCAAACAGUUUGUUGAGUCAUCGAUGAUUCCAUUGCCAACAAAUUGGUCAACAUCGUGGCGAACAGAAAUUCAAGCGAGUUAUGUUUCGUUAGAAGUGGCUUAUGAAACAUCACGAAGUGAACUCUACACUCAACAAGCAACGAUCAGUCCAGUCGAUGUCAUAUCCAACGUUGGCGGACAUACAGGUCUUUGGAUUGGCAUUAGUUUUCUUUCGCUAAUGGAAAUUGCUGAAAUGAUCUUUCGACUUCUACGUUCACAGUGCUCUCGGCUAUGGAACAAUAUUCGCAGAGCAUAUAGACGCUAG